AUGGCGCCUCGAAGGGUUUCUCCUCUUGCGGCUCUCACUGCACCCAUACGUCUUGCGCUCUUCGAUCCACGAGUCACGGGACCGCUUCUCGUCGCUCUGCUCUACUACCCCGAUAAGCUGCGCUCUAUUCUCCCAGUCCAGCUUCACCAAUAUGUAACCUCUUCGACUUUCAUCCGUACCCUGAAAGCCUGCCUAGCUUUGAAAGCAGUCAGAAGCGUAAGUAGCAAAGUCUCCGACAUGGCGCUCAACAACUGGACGAGCAAGUCAACCUUCGUCAAGAGCCAGGAAAUCGUAUUGAUUACUGGCGGUUCAAGCGGAAUCGGAGAGUUGAUGGCAAGAGAAUUUGCUGCGAAGGGUGUCAAGGUCGUUGUAUUGGAUCUGAGGCCGCCCAAGGAGCCUUUUCCCGCUGGAAUCCAUUUCUACGAAGCGGAUGUCACUUCAUCAGUCCAAAUCGCCAAUGCAGCUGCAGAAAUCCGCAAAGUGCAUGGUAGUCCCACGGUCCUGAUCAACAACGCUGGCAUCGGUGUUGGACGUACUAUUCUGAGUGAACCGGAGCAAGCGAUCCGGAAGACGUUCGAAGUGAACAUCCUUGCACAUUUCCUGACCGUGAAGGAAUUUCUCCCUGAAAUGAUAGAGAGGAAUCACGGUCACGUGGUAACCAUUGCGAGCAUGUCCUCUUUCGUUGUGCCUGCGCAGAUGGUUGACUACGCUUGCACAAAGGCAGCUGCGAUGGCUUUCAAUGAAGGUUUGGCUUCGGAGUUGAGGUCGAGAUACAAGGCGCCGAAUGUCAAGACGACGAUCGUUCAUCCAAGCUGGAUUCGUACACCGCUUAUCGAGCCACUUACCUCACAUCCGGAUUUCAAGGAUCCUGUUCUUGAGCCGGAGGAAGUGAGUGGUGCUGUUGUUAAGCAGGUUCUGCUGGGGAAGAGCGCCCAGAUCAUCUUGCCUGGACGUCUGGCUAGGUUACGCGGAAUCCGCGGAUUGCCAACAUGGCUACAAGCCAUUGUAUGGAAAUCGCAGGGAAGUACCUUGGAUCUUUUCGAGGAGUUGAGGUCGGUUUAG